AUGUGGAGAUCUUGGUUGGACCUUCAAACCGAUCAAAAUCUAAAAGACAGCCAGCAAAUCGUCCAGCUCUUCAAGGUAAACAUUUUCUUACUUUCGACAGUCGGCAAUCGCAUCCCACCAGCGUUCCUACCGACACCCGACUUCCACUCGAUCACUGAGCUCAGUUCUAUUAGGAACUUUCGAGGAAAAGCUCAGAAGAAGUUGAAAAAUGCAGCUCCAGUCGCUCCAGGAACGCCGGAGCAAAAGGCUCGUCUGGAUAUAGCGAUGAAAAACGCCAAGGAGGCUCCAUGCUAUAAUGACCCAAAGCUGGUCACCUCGUCAUCUCUGUUCGACCCAUCAAAGCAAGAAGUGCCGCAAGAGGUACAUAACCCCGUCUCCACCUCUUUUGGAGCUUCACCGCAUUCCUUGACUAUGAUAGAGAAAAAUGAAGAAUGGAAAGUGAUCAAAGAGGAAAAAUGGGACGAAUACAAGGAAUGGACCAUCCGAGCAUCAGAGCUCUACAACGAGCACUACGCUCAAGUGCAGGCAAGAUUGGUGACGGCGGUGCCAGUGUGA